AGCUCUUCGCCGUCCGCCCGCGUUGGGCCCCGAAGAGGGGACUGCUGCGAUCGCCAUGGACCUGGAUUUGCAGCCCUCGAAGUCAGCUGAGGCCCUGGAGAAGGUGUCCCAAGGUGCGUUCAGCUGCACGGAAGAGGCGCGACACUGCUGGACGACUCAUGAGAAGAACGCCCUGAGGAAGACCCGCUUGGAAGCGGAGCUUCGGUCCCUGCGAUCGCAGCUGCGGCAGCAUCAGACGCGCAUCAACGCCUUCGUGAAAGAGGAACAGCGCGAGAAAGCGUUGACGGAGAACCUGUUGCACCUCCAGGAUGCGGAACUGCAGCUGGGCCUUCCCAAGCUGGAGAUCGACCAUAGCAAGGGUGUGUGCUGGGUGGGGGAGCCGCAAGAUGAGAUGAGCGAGGCGGAAGCGUUGGGAGCCAUCAAGAUCAGCUUUGAUGAGGAGGGCACCCUACUGCGAGCGGAGCCACAUCCAGCCCUGGGCCUGUCGGACUACGCUGAGCGGGCAGUGGCUGAACAGGACUUUGCGAUGCUGGUGACCAUGGUUUGGAGUCGUCUUUGUGCGCACUCCGGAUUGGACACCAAGGACGCCGCUGCGCACAUGGCCAUGGCCAAAACGGGCGGCGCGUGAGACGCGCGACACCCGCCACGGGGGCGCCAUGGGGCGCGAAAUUCGCUGCCCACACUCGACGCGGAGGUGUGGAGUGCUAAUUCGACGCCAGAGAUGGCGAGUGACCGAUCGCAACACCGGCUGAAA